GGUUUUGCAGAGAGUGUAUAUAUUAACUCAUCGUCAUGACUCAACUCCGGCACGAGUCUCGUUCUCUUCUCUAUUCCGCCGUCAUCUAGGUCUGCGAAUAUCAAGUGAAGGAACUCGAAAUGGCAACAGUUCCAGGACAGCUGAUCUGGGAGAUCGUAAAGAAAAACAAUUGUUUCUUGGUGAAGCAGUUCGGUAGAGGUAAUGCUAAAGUUCAAUUCAGCAAAGAGAGCAACAACCUCGUCAACCACAACUCUUACAAGCACUCUGGUUUGGCAAACAAGAAGACAGUGACCAUCCAGGCAGCUCACAAGGACCAAGCUGUGGUACUCGCAACCACCAAGACAAAGAGACAAAACAAGCCUAAGCUCUCUGUUAACAAGUCUGUCCUCAGGAAGGAGUUCCCGAGGAUGACCAAAGCUGUUGUCAACCAGGUGGUCGACAACUACUACAGGCCUGAUUUGAAGAAGGCAGCACUUGCUAGGCUCAGUGCUAUCAGCAGAGGUCUUAGAGUCGCCAAGUCUGGUCCCAAGAGGAGAAACAGACAAGCUUGAAGAAUUCACCACUGAAUUAUUAUUUUACUUCUAGAAAGCUUGUUGUGCGCCACUGAGAGUUUCAGACAGCAGCUUGUAGGUUAAAGAUUUUUCCUGAACAGUUGAGAGUUUUGCUUAAACCACCAUCCCUUGUCAUCUUUUGUUUCACACUAAAUGAAGUUCAAAAACAUUCUUAUUAUUGUUAAUUUUUAAACAAA